AUAAAAACGUGUGAAUAUUAGCAAAAAAUAACAGCCGUUUUUAAAUAAUUAAUUACCGCUAUUGUUUUUUUAACAAAUUAAAAUAAAAAAGAAAAUGUUUUAUUUAAAAAAAGUGGUUUCAACACCGUGUGUAAUGUAAUAAAAGUUUAAAUUUCAUUAAAAAAUAUGUAUGUAAUGAAAAUUUAAUGGGGGGUUUUCACAGAAAAUAUAUAACAUAAAUUUUCGGUAUUUCAAAUAAUAAAAAAAUAAUAUACAAGAAAAAAAAAUAUAAGAAAAUACAACAAAAAAAUAGUGCAAAAAAUCGAAAAAAGAUGCCCUCUAAUGAAUGAAACGAAAGCAAAGUUUUUUACUAAAACAUUGUGUGUUUGUUGUUGUUGUAUGUGCGAGUAUUUUAUUGUACAAGAAGUCAAAAAAGAAGAAGUCGGCUGGUCGCAUUGUCUGUCUGUCUGUCUUUAGCUCUCUGUAUCUGUUUAGCAAAACAUUCACUUCAAAAAAAUUUUGCAGCUUUUUGUUUUCUCAAAUAUUUUCAGUGUGUGUACCUAUAACGUAAAAAGUUAUGAAUAAGAAAAUUUAUUUAUUUUUGUGUUUAAAAUUAAAUAAAAAGUGCUAAUAAUUAACAAAAUAUAUUAAAGAAAAUACCUAUAAAUACAAAUAAAUGUGUUGCAAAAAAUUUAAAAAAAAAAUAAUUAAAAUAUUAAAAUAUUCAAAAGAAGCCUAUAUAAUUUUUCGCAUUGAAUUUGUUGAAGCAAAAGAAUUUGUGUCAUUAGCAAAAGCUAUAAUAACAAUAACAACAAAACGUUUUUGACACUUUGUUUGCAGAGUGUUAAAAGAGUGAUGCAUUUUGUGUUGUUUAUAUUGUCAUUCUAGAAAACCUUUAGAUGUUGUAAGAGUAUUACCUUUGCUAGUUUCAUGUAGUUUCAAAAUGACCUCUUUACAAUUAAAACAUUAAAGAAUGUUCUUAAUACAACAGGACGUUACAUUUUUAAUCCAUAGACCAAAAUUUUGUUUUCUUAAGAAUUGAAUAGCUUUGAAUACCAAUCUGAAUUUAUUCAUCACACCAGAUUUUCUAGAUAUGUUUGAGUUAUUACAUUACAUCGCUAAGACACCUUCAUUUAUAAAAGUCGUCAGCUUGAACAACCAAUUAAUGAUUUUCAAACUUUAGGACAUCAUAUCUCAAAGAACUAGAAAUAUUCUGAGAAAAGACGUGGAUUUAAUUAAAUUCUUUAGAAAAAAUACAUAGGACUCAGAGUUUAGACUUUUAAAAGGAUUUGAUUUAACCGACAUACUACUCUCAAGCAUUUAUUGAUGAACAUUUGUAGUCUUUCAUUCGGAUAUUUAUGUUAAGCCGAUCUAGCCUUCGUCAGCCGAUUCGAGACAUACAGAAUUUUGUUACAAAGGUAAAUGUCUGUCGAUAGAGAGUAGGGUUCUAUAAAUUGACUUUCGAAUAAUCGAACAAUAGACUUUUUGCCGAAAAAAGUCGAAGUCGACUAAGUUUUAUAAUAGUUUCAUCAAGCACAGUUGCGUCAAGUGAAGAUAGGGGCGUCCUUGCUUAGUCCUAUCUAAAGCAAAAAGAGAUACAUUCAAUAGUCGUUCUGUUUGACGAAAAUUGGAGACUUGUUAUAUUCGUAUUCGUCUGACAACAUGUAAACACUAAAUUACGAACUAUAUUAUGAACGCCUUAAGAUGUCGUUCAUUCCCAAAUCUUUAAUUUUAUAAUUCAACAAAAUUUCUUAAUUUCUUCUUGUAACGUCUUCCUUAUGGGUUUUCAUCUUUAGAUAUAUAAUGCAAAGGGUCGAAAAGGUCCCAAUUGUGAUGUUUAAGCAGUCUUGCAAACUAUCACCUUGAAAAAGAAAUGAGAUAUGUCAGCUGUCUUAAAAAGACCGAAAAAUAACGUUUUUAAUAGCUUUAUCACACCAUCCCUUGAAUCUUAGAUAUGGGUUUAAAAUGUUUCGACCUAUGUUUUAUAGCUGUAUGAAAGACAUCAAAAUCCGUAUUCUUAAUGAUAUUAAUCGCCUAUUUUAGGUUUAUUACGCACAAUAUCCAUACAAAAUUCAUACAAUAAACAAUCCAUAACUUUAUGAUGCAUUUAUGAAUAUGGGGGUAAGAGAUUAAUCAAUUUUUAAUUAAUCUGUGGUACUUAAUCCAAUGAUUUAAGGGCAAUUGUGAUAUUUCAAAUUAUAACAAUGUAUUAAUUCAUUGAAAUAACUGUUUCUUUUUAGAGUGAUUCUAUUGUUUUGAGGUUUUUUUUGUAGACAUACCAACAUUUAACACGUCCCUAGUCGUAAUACAAGUCACAGGCAGGCAGUAGUUCGGUAUUAAAGUACAAUAUAUGUGGCAUAUAAGUAUCGAUCGACCUUUAGUCUACUGUAGAGUCAGUCGGCCUAUCGGUCGGUGGGUCGCUAGGUCGUUGUAUUUUUUUUUUAACAUUUACUACUAAGCUCGUGUGGAGUGUAUGAAAGAGGUAGGAAUGGAGGUUACACAUGCAGCAGCAUAAAAAACAUUGGGUCAAUUCUUUGUUGUUAUUGUAGCUGUUGGUAGGUGCGUUUAAUUUUCACAAUCCUAGUAAAACAAAAUUCGAAAUUGGCAAAUAAAAAUGUGUUAUUCGUUUAUUUCUUUAUUUGAUAGUUCAAAAAUUAGAUAAAUAUAAGAUAAUGUAGAAAAAAUUAUACUCGCAAAUAGAGAAAUAAGAAAUUAAUAAAUAUGUUGAAGAACAACAACGACAACAACAAAAUAAAUAAAUAAACGUGUCAAUAUUAAAUGUUUUCAUAAUGAAAAGUGUAAAAACAACAACAGCAACAAAAAUAACAAUAAAAACAAAAGUGUAUACCCCCAAAAAGGCAACAACAACAACAACAACAACAUUAGCAACAGCAGCACACAUCAUAGCAGCAGCAAAUAAAAUAACAACAACAACAAUCCAAAUAGAGAGAUGAGAAUUAAAAAGACAUCAACGUCAAGUCAACAGCAGCAAGCAUCAGACGCAGAAGCGACAAAGCGCCACACUAACAAGUAACAAACAAUAAACAGCAUUAUUUAGGACGUGAAUUUUUAUCAGGAAGGAAACAUCUGAAUAAAGCCGGUUUUUUUAAAUUGAAAUACAUAAAAACGUAAAAGAUAAAAGUUUAAAUAUAAAACUAAAUAGAAAAAACCCUUAUUAACCUUAUUUUAAGUGUUUUAAAUUCAAAUAAAUCUCUAAUUAAAUGUGAAAUCUAAAAAAAAACUACUUGAAAAUUAAGAGAAAAAAAAACGAAAGAAAAAAUACCUACAACCUACAUUCUAUUCUUGUGCUUUUUUUAUUCUGCUUCUUCUACAAAGUACAAAAUCUACAAACGCCCUCGCAUCUUCUUCUGCAUUUACAUACAUAGUUGAUGUUUUUUCAUAGAAGAUGCCCGGACUUGUUGUUUUUAGAAGGCGCUGGUCAGUAGGCUCAGAUGAUCUAGUGGUGCCUGGAGCAUUUCUAGUAACCAUACAUUUUUUAUGUGUGAUAACUGUAAUUGUAUCAUUGGCCAUUUUUGAUUACGAUACCAGUAUAACAGAUGUUAAAUUACUUUUUUAUCAUCAAAUUGGUUAUUUAGCUAUAUUAAGUAUUUCAUUAUUUAUAGAAAUAGGAAUAUGCAUUAUUUCAAUGCGUGGCAGUAUAUUGGACUCUGAUGUCAGGGCACCAAUAAAUAUAUGGAUUUAUAUAAAAACCGUGGUAAUGUUAUUCGAUAUUGCCUGGUUAAUUAUGGGAACACUAUGGCUAACAAAAUAUUAUUUAGAAUCGUCUAUUGUUAGUACGGAAAAGCGAAUAUUUUUUGCAAUUAUUGUCUCAAACUGGGCUUUGGUAUUUGUUACAAUGGCAACCAUAUGGUGUACCUUUGAUACAGCUGGACGUUCUUGGGUUAAAAUGAAAAAGUAUCAGAGGUCAAUGCGUGAGACGGAGUCACGUUUCAAUUAUAAACGCAGUAAUAGUAUGAAUCGCAAUUGGAGGCAAAGAAAAGUAAUUCGUGCCUAUCAGGACAGUUGGGAUCAUCGGUGUCGUUUACUUUUCUGCUGUAUUGGUUCUUCGGAACGUAAUCGUAACUCCUUCACCGAUAUAGCACGUUUACUAAGUGACUUUUUUCGUGAGCUCGAUGUAGUACCCUCCGAUGUUGUGGCCGGUUUAGUAUUGUUGCGUAAAUUUCAACGUUUAGAACGUGAAGCUGUAGUAAGACAACGAAAAAAUGGUACCUAUGAAUUUCUAAGCGGUGUACCCAUAACAGAGAGAACACAGUUUUUGGCUUUAAAUGAUGCGAAGAAUUAUGAUUUCUUUCAAACGGUUAUACAUUAUAUGUAUUUUGCUCAGGGUGCUUAUGGUUGGCCCAUGUACUUUAUAAUAAAUCGUUCAAAAAUGUAUAAUUUAAUACCGGAAUUAAAAUGCUUUGGUUGUUGUCUUAAUCCCACCAAUGAAGCAGAAAUUAUCCAGGACAAUUGUUGCUAUUGUAAUUAUGCUGCUCUGAAGAAAACCCUACAAGUGGGUGAUAUUGAAAUCGUCUAUGUCACCUAUCAUGUGGAUGUGGGCGAAACACCAUUUUUCGUUGCCAUCGAUUAUACCCAAAAGAAAAUUGUUGUCAGCAUACGUGGUACCUUGAGUAUGAAAGAUAUUCUAACGGAUCUAAAUGCCGAAGCUGAAGUGUUACCUUUGAAUCCACCGCGUGACGAUUGGUUGGGUCAUAAGGGAAUGGUUCAAGCGGCAAUUUAUAUACGUAAUAAAUUAGAAGAGGAAAAUAUCAUACGGAAUGCUCUCAACAAGAAUUUAGAACGUAAUACAAAUACGUUCGGUUUAGUAUUAGUGGGUCAUUCGUUGGGUGCCGGCACAGCGGCCAUAUUGGCUAUAUUAAUGAAGGCCGACUAUCCAACAUUACAGUGUUUUGCCUAUUCUCCGCCAGGUGGUUUACUAAGUAUGCCAGCUGUAGAGUAUUCAAAAAAAUUUAUAACUUCAGUUGUUUUGGGUAAAGAUGUUGUACCUCGCAUUGGUUUAUACCAAAUGGAAGCUCUAAGAGCAGAUCUCAUAAAUGCCAUACAACGUAGUAUAGAUCCUAAGUGGAAAACUAUAUCAUGCUCAAUGAUAUGUUGCUGUUGUGGACCUGAACCCAAGUCCGUGGUAGAAAUGUCUGUUAAAGAUACUCAUAUUAAUAAAUAUCAAGAGGAACGCGAUUCAGCACGUUCAGCUAGUACUCAUCCCACAGAUAGUACCAUAGCUUUAACCAUACAUCAACCCCUAUAUCCGCCGGGACGUAUAAUACACAUAGUACGACAUCAUCCCCGAGCAGAUGAAAACGUUUUAAAAAGUCGUGAACCAGUUUAUCAAGCCAUUUGGGCCGAUAGCAUUGAUUUCGAUGAGGUUCUUAUAUCACCGGUUAUGCUGCAAGAUCAUAUGCCGGACAAAGUAUUGGCUGCCCUAAAAAAGGUUGUUACAACUAGUGGACCUCGCAAACCACAUCGCCAGGCAUCGAAUGCAUUCUCCACAACAUCGAAUGAUCUGUAUCGCAGCAAUCAAGAUGUCUAUAGUUAUUAUAAUUGUUCAAACAUGGAAUUACAUCAGACACAUCAUCACCAACAUCAACACAAUUCAAAUCAUAUGGGUUCCGAAUCGAAUGGUCCCUAUGACAGUUUAGAUUCAAGACCAAGUUUAAGUCAAGCUGAUGUACAAACACCCACGACUUCAUCUAUCACACAACUACAUCAACAACAGCCUAGAGUAUGUCUCGAAACGUCAUUUACAAAUCUACAUAGUCCUCAGAUGACUCAGAAACAUGCCCACUUUCCCGAUAGUAUAAGUUCGAGUAAGGCCUCUUCGUUGGCGGGUAGUAUUUUAAGUCGCUCUCAAAUCAGCUGUAUACAGUAUGACAUAUCAAGUGCAAUGGAGAAUAGUAUUACCACGGUAACACGCAAGAGUCCUAUUAAGAUGAGUACAGAAAUGGUGAAAGUGGAACAAGUUGAGUUGGUGUUACAAUUACCCAAAACUAAAUGCGUGGCAUUUGAGGAUACUCCUUCGCCAUUGAGGAAUCUAAAACGUCAACAUUCAGCCAAAAUAGAUAAGAAACCAAAAUCUCUACCCAUUCCACCAUUAAGGAGAGCUUCCGAUGUUACAAAUGGUGCCGAAACAGAUGAAUGGUUGGGUUUAGCACCCCUAGCCAGUCCAGAGACUCUAUCCGAAAUAUCCAGUAUAUCAUCACGUAAUAGUGUACGCAAUGGUCUAACCUCUAGUAUUGAACACUAUUUGCACAAUGUCACCAAUAACAAUGUAGUCGAUAUUAAUGAUGUUUUCGAAUCACAAUUACACACGCCCACAGUUUUAAGGAGAGCACCCAAAUUUAUUGAAAAUCUGUCCAGUUGUGCCGAAGAUAGUCGUAAUAUAGAUCAAUACAAACGUAUGGGUAGGGUAAUUGUACCGCCUCCUUUAUUUCCACCAUCCAUACAAGAUUCCAGCGAGGAGGAAGAUAGUUUUGCCUCAGCUAAUAGUUAUAAAAAAGUUUCGAAAACCACCACCAGCACCAUCACAAACUCAAAUGGUGGUGAUCAUACUUUAGCUAAAGUUAGCAAUUCUUCCUCUAUAAAAUGCCAUCGUAGACAAAAUUCUAAAUCAGCCGAUCAAUUAGACGAUGUUGUGGCUUCAACGAAUAAACAGCAAAACGAGGGAAGUGUUGUACGCAAACUCACCUUUAGCGAUAGCAACAUUAUAAAUGACAACGACAAUGUAACGGCUCGUGCUGAUAACAAUUCAUGUGCCAAAUGUUGCAAUAAACAUUGCAGCUGUAGCAAUCAAUUAAAUAACCUCAAUACGGGUUCACAAGAUACCACAUUUUAUAGCGCAAAUUCAUCGAUUGAUUGUAUGAGUGCAAAAACUAAUUCAAAUCCUCACAUUAUGCCAGAUGGUGUUUUAGAAUCGCAUUUUCCUCUACACCAGGAUGCAUUUACAAAUACAACGGAAUUGUAUGCAAAACACUAUUCGCCGUUGAGCAACGAUCAAGAACAUUCGACAGCUUUACAGCAAAUGUCGAAGGUAGCUUUCACUUCACCACUGUCCACAAUGAGUCGUGGCAAAAGAAAAAACUGUAUAUAUCCUUCUGCCAUGUCAUCACAACCGCUGUACGCAACGGCCAAGGUUGAAAAUGUUAAACUUUAUACUACAACUACGAAUACUACAACUAAUACUAAUAAAAAUAACAACAACAAUACCACCACAAAUAUACCUGAAUUAACAAUUGCAAAUGGUUCUUCUAGUCCUAGUCCAAGAUCCCGAACACCUAACGAAAGUAGUGUUUAAUGCAAUUAGUACAAUAGAGUAGAGUGUUUACUUGAAGAGAAUGUAUUGAAAUUGAAUUUUGAUAAGGUCCCUCCGAUGAUUUCGCAAGUUACCUCAAGGUAGCUUCUCCAUUCCACGAUGGAAAUUGAGUACCGGAAUAACGCUCUUCUAUUCUAGGUAAAAAUCGAAUAAUAGCAGGGUGUAUACGACACUAUGUUUUUCUUCAUUAUAACAGUUUAUGCAAUAGUCAUUAUGUUAUUUAAGACCUAGUCUUCUGGCCAGUAGUCCUGUAAUUUAUCAGUUAUUACAUUAGCAUUUCUAUCUGCUCUCUACGAAAAAGUUAAGUGCAAAAAAAGUAGACCUAAAGGUCUGUUAGCCAGAAAUAGUGAGUAUCUUUAGAAAGUCGGAAGAAUGAUCUAAAUUAGCUAUAGAAGUCAUAUCUGAUCGUCGAAAUUCAUUGUGUAAGCAUGUAGGAUUUCACUUUACUUUACCAAAAACUCAGUCAGAAGCAUUCAGGAUAUAUAGUUAUUUAACUUUUAGAAUUGAAAUAAAGAACACGUGGUUCUACCUAAUUGUGAUAGCGUUCUGAUGAUGUAAUGGUCCUAGAAGUCCAUUAUAGUAUUGCUCACUACUUUAAGUGUCCCCUCGCUAUAGAUUUUAGAAAUUAAGAGUGUUCGUAAAUCAACCAUAAAUAAUGCUCUCUGUUCUCAAUGAAUGUCGGUCAGUAGCAGAGGAAAAGAGAUUCUGUCUUCUCUUCCUACACAUUUAGAGAAUUUUGCGUUAUUACAGACGCUUUAACCGCGUUAACAGUAAGCUUGAUCUAGGCUCAUCAUAUAGAGGUCAGAUUGACCUCAGUUCAGAACAAACAAGUCUCUAAUAAUAAGUAAGGGAAAUACCAGUAAUUACGGCGAGUUCGCCAACUCUACGAUUUCUUGACAAUGUCAAGGGACUCAUAUUAGCAUUAUGCUGGAAUGUUUAGUAAUUUCUUUAAGAGAUUAGCGACAUCUUCGGUUAUAUUAGAUGUCGCUGUUGUUGUUUUUGUAACAGCUAAUACUAUACAGCUAUAUAAUUGGGGGGUUCUAUGUCAAUGUCCAGGCCUAAAAAUUUGGCUACUUCAACUGGAUGUGUUAAUAAAUCCAUUGGACAGAGUAAAGAAUAUGUGGUGGGUGUCAUGAGGGCCCUGACCACAUGCAGGACAUUUGUUGGGGACGGCACGGUCUAUACGUGACUAGUAGUCAUUGAGCCUGUUGCUCCAUCCCGAUCUUAGUUGUGCCAGCACUACUCUUGUUUUCCGUGGCAGGUUUUCUCCCGUGUCUGCUAUGGGCGGUGGGCAACAUUCAUGCCAAGGCGAAUAGACUAUAAGGUCAUUUCAUUUUGCGGCGAAUUAAUAAAAUUUUUUAUAUAUGUAGUUUGACAGCGUCGGGUUUGAGAGAGAAUUUUUUUAUAUGGGCUAAAUUUCCAUGGACAAAAAAACAAUCACCUGUUGAAAUGACAUCCCCUUUAUUAGUUUCGCCAUGAUUCAUGCGGUAUCCUCCGACCGCGGAAUUUAUGGCAUCUCUAUGAAUGUUGUUCAAAGAUGCUGAAUACGAGGACUGAUCCAGUGGGUCCUGCACUUCUCUGCACAUGUUAUCCUCGUAUAUAUGAUGUGCAUUCUCCGACAGCCGGUUCUACGUACCGGAAUGUCCCAAAUUAUUCGGCCAAGGGCUGUCAACACCAGCAACAACAAUACAACAAUUAGAUGUCGUAAAAAUACUCGGUAGAUUUCUAAACGCGACUUUGCUGUUCGUAUAUGAUUGUAUACACAUACAUAUAUCCCUCAGUAUGUGAUAACACUUUAGCCAGUUUGACUCUCCUUUCUGCCUGUAAAACACAAUAAAAUAAGGCAGCCUAAAAGAACAAUUGAUUCAAAAUUUAUGCAAAAAACGCCACAAAUCCAUCCACUUUUCUAAGAACUAUGGAUGUAAACAUUUGUUACACCAUUCAGUGAGUAGUACUCUGAUACAGAACUUCUGUCCAAGCCGGUGAUAAAAAGGUUAGGUUAGGUUGAUAGGAGGAUGAAUACUACAUUAAAUCCGAAGAAAUACACCUAGACCACAAUCGGGUCUGUUGUGCGCUUCUUAUCAUGAAAAAAAGGGAACUGACUAA